CCCACCAAACAUAAGCACUAAUUUCCAACCUCAAUUGAAACCAAGUGCUAGAAUUUGACCAUUUCAAUCUAAUGGUUCCUAAAACCUUCCCACUUUUGAGUGCCAUUUUGCUCCUCUUCUUGAUGAACCUGAUAAACACCAUCCAAUCAAAACCAAAUGGAGAUCCUUUUGGGUUCAUCCAACACCUAGAGGGAUGCCACAAGGGUGAAUCCAUAAGUGGGCUCAAAGACCUUAAACGUUAUCUUGAGAGGUUUGGGUACUUAAAGUAUGCUAAUAAUAGUAGCAACAACCAUGCAAAUGACGAUGAGUUCAAUGAUCUUUUAGAGGCAGCAAUCAAGGAUUACCAGCACAAUUAUCACCUGAAUGCCACUGGAGUCCUGGACAAUAGCACAGUGUCUCAGAUGAUGAAGCCUAGAUGUGGGGUGCCAGAUGUUGUCAAAAAUGGCACAAAUAAUCACUACCAUAAUCCCAAAUCCAUCCACUCAGUAGCCCAUUACAAUUUCUUCCCUGGACCCCGAAGAUGGCCUCCAGAGAGAAGCCAUUUAAGAUACAGGUUUCGUUCUAGUGUCCAAGUCCCUGGAGCAGAGAACUUCAGGUCUAUAUGUGCACAAGCUUUUCAGAGAUGGGCACAAGUUACCCACUUCACAUUCGAGGAAGUUGCUGCCAAUUCUGAGGCAGAAAUAGAGAUCGGAUUCCACAGAAGGUUCCAUGGAGAUGGGAGCCCUUUCGAUGGAAGGUCAGGGACUUUAGCACAUGCAACUGCACCAACUAAUGGAAGGUGUCAUUUUGAUGGAGAUGAAAUUUGGAGUGCGAAUCCUGGACCUAAUGAGGUUGACCUAGAAUCAGUUGCAGUUCAUGAAAUAGGACAUCUUUUGGGUCUGGACCAUAGUGAAGACCCAAAUGCUAUCAUGUAUUCAACCUUCAGUUAUGGGAUUACCAAAAGGGAUUUGAGUACUGAUGAUGUUCAAGGAAUUCGUACUCUAUAUGGAUUACAGUGAUGGGUGCAUUACCCUUAUAUAUUAUAAUAAGAGCAACCGAGAUCCAAUGAGCUUUGGAGGAUUAGUGUUACAUGUUAAACAAUGUUUAAAUGCAAUAUUUCUUAUAAUUCUCAUUUGUAUCACAUGGAAAUAUAUAUACAAAAGAAUACCAUGAUUAUUGAAAA